AGGUUUAGGAUCUAGAUCUACAUUAUACUAUUUACUGUCUAUGAUUAUACUGUGUGUGGAUGGGUCCGAUGGGAGUAUUCUGAGGAGCUAGUUGUGAGUGAGGGGAGCUGAUCACGCAGCGCUACACUCAGUAGGUGGCGAUAAUGCUCCUAAGAAACUAUUCGCCAUUAAACAAGAAGAAGGAGAGCCAUUUGGGAUCUUAGUAGCAUACUAUUUGUUAGAUAACAGUUACAGUAAUGAAUUAUGAUUUAUGGCAUAAUAUGUGAUAUUAACCAUAAUUAAACGAAACAUUUACUGAGAACAGAGUUUACUUUCAGCAGUAUUCAUCUCUUUUCCUCUCCUACACACCGUGUAAAGUUGAGCUCAGGUAUUUAGCAAUAACAGUGCAGGAUAGUUCACGUCUCUGAUCAAGCUGAAUCUGGAAGUUAUCAUGUCGAAACACAGGACGAAAAAGCUCAUCAUUGAAGAUGAUGAGCCAAAGCAGGAUGAGCUGAAUCCAUUUUCUUUCAAGGAAUUUGUCAGAAACAAAAACCACAACCCCUGUCCUACAGAGGCCACAGAGGUGUGUGGUGGAGCAUUCCAUGUCGAACAGGACUAUAACAACUCCAUAGAUUUUGCCACGAAGGGGCCGUUCUUCUCAGAUCCUUCUGCACUCGAACCUGAGGAAACAUGGAUUGAAAGCUGCCAGCCAUCAGCCCUUGAUGGUUCCCAUGACUUCGAACUAUGUGGUACUUUAGACCUCGGUGCUUACUCUGAGCAGUCAUCUCUGUGCAGUGAUGAGAGGGAAGCAAAUGUAACUGAAUGGGAACUGGAGGAUUCUGACUUCCUGCCAAAUAACAACUUAGCUAGAAGAAGCACAGGAAGCUAUGAGGGUGAUGAAGAGACUUCAGUGAUUGACAUUUCCUUCCAUCCGAAGAGGAGUAAUGCUGAAAAUGGAACAAAGAAUCCCCAACAGCUUAGAGAAGAGAAUUCUCUACUCAGAAAGCAAGUCAAAGAACUCCUUAGAAGGUCAGAAUCUGACUCCAAAAGGAUCAAACAACUGACAGAUGAGUUGCACAGCAAGAAGUUGCAAGAGGAGAGAGAGGCUAAGGCUUUGGAGACAAUGGUGCAGUCAGUAGAACAAAACCUUCAGUUAAUGACGAAGCGAGCAGUCAAAGCUGAAAAUAGUAUUUCAAAAUUGAAACAAGAGGUACAACAACUCCAGGGCCAGCUUGAAGGAUAUAAAAGUGAAAAUGAGAGGCUAAGAUCUGGAGAAGCUACAGCCUUAACUACAAUGAGACACAAUGCACAAGUGGCCUCGGAGUACCUUAACAAAGCAGCUCAAGAUGCAGAGACUUCUAUCAAGCAGUUGCUGUCAGGAAGAGAGACACUGUGUUAUGUUUCCCAGUUAUUGACAUCUAUUGACAGGAUCACCGAGAUUCAUGAUUGACAUUUUCACUUCAUUUUCUGUACACUAUAGACUCACUGCGUUUGCUUGGUACAUCAUUUUUUUAUUUUGUUCAUCCACUUCUUUUAACAUCAUGUAUAGUUUAUAGAAAAUAACAAAAUGAAGUAUGAUGGGCCAAAUGAUGAACAGACUAAGCUCUGGCAGGAACCAAAUAAAAAAAGUGUACCAAAUAGUGCCUUGGAUUCUCAUCAAAAUCAAAUAUCUAUAUUCUAGUAGUAAAAAAUAUUUAAAACAAAAAUGUUUUGCACUUUUAUUAAACAAUGAAUCAAGUCACUUCUUAAAGUUAUAUUGCAGAUUAACCAGAUUUGGUUUCUUGAUAGUAUUUUGAUAUAUAACUUAACAUAAUAUUUUUUAUUUCUGCUAUUUUAAAUUACAACAUUUUAAAGUAUUUGUUUAUUUAAAAAUACUUUACUAAUCAGCAUUGGAUUUUGUGCUUUAUAUUCGUAAAGCUCUUUAUUGAUUUAAUAAAGAACGUUAUUUCA